UAUACCCUCACACCUUUUCAUCCCUUCUCAUUCAUUCUCUCUCAAAAUUCCCCUUUUUCCACUCUCUUCUUCCUCUUUCACUCUCUCUCAACAACACCAUCAUCACCAUAGAUAGCAUGAUAUCAAAAAGAGGCAUUAAUGGGAUGGAAGUCCCUAAAAAAAGGACUGGCCUUGUGUUUAGAGAGACUGCUACUGCCACUGCUAAUACCAGAGACGAUAAAAAUCGCGCCCGAGCGGGAUGCAGUAAUGCACCCAACCCUCCUGUUCAGAAAAGGUCUUCUGAAAAAGCUAAAGUUUUGAGGCCAUCGACGCUGUCAUCUUCGAGUCGCAAGGAGGUAGUUGGUAGUUCUCGGAGCCGUAGAACAUAUGCUAACCCGGUUAAACCACUAAAUGAGCCUCGGAGAAUAUUAUCUUCGGGUGGUCUUCCAGCUGAAGAGAAAGGUAGAGAGUGUACUAAUGUGAUUAGGACGGCAGUAGGAAAAUCUGGUGCAGUAUCAAAUUUAAGAUCUCAGAGGAAUUUCAAUCAAAGACCUGGAUUGCGUCAACGAGAAACUGAAAGCAUUGGUCCGGCUACACGAGCAGUUUCUAGCAAGUAUGGAUUGAGGAACCUCAGAUGCAGCACUUUAACUGAUGCCAUCCCUUCCUCCUGCUCAUCAUCAGAUUCUAGUUCUACCCUUAAUAGAAGUAAGACUAUUGUGACAAAAAUGAGAAGCUCUGGAGGAGAAAGUAGCUCCACUCUUAAAGGGAAGAAGGUGACCGGGUCUUCAUUGGAAAGUAGCUCCACUCUUAAAGGGAAGAAGGUGACCGGGUCUUCAUUGGAAAGAUUGAAUUCUGGCACCAGAAAUGGCAGACCUAGUUCUGAUACAAGAGGGUCUAGAAAUAUUCCUCCUCUGAGGGACAAUAGCAGAGCAUCGGUUAGAACUGAAAGAACGGUUAGUGGUUAUGCCAGGGGAAGAUUUUCUAACCAAGGAAAUGAGAACUCAAAAGAAAACAAUGGGGGCAAUAGCAGAGCAUCAGUGAAAACUGAAAGAACGGUUAGUGGUUAUGGCAGGGGAAGAUUUUCUAAACAAGGAAAUGAAAACUCAAAAGAAAAGAAUGAGUCCCGUGAUGUGUUGCCUAAUUCUCCUCAUUCUAUUGAUAUUAACUCUCCUGUCACCGAGGAGUUUCGUGGUGUUAUGCCUAUGUCUCAUGAAGAACACGGUACCCGUCAUUCUCUAAUAAUUCAGGAUGGCUUUCGGCGGCGCCACAAUAUGGAUGGUAUUUCUGAGGUAUUAUUGGCACUUGAGAGAAUGGAACAAAAUGAAGAGUUGACUCAUGAGCAAAUUGAUUUACUAGAGACCAACUCUCUUCUUGAUGGACUUAGCUUCUAUGAUACUCAUAGAGACAUGCGGCUGGAUAUUGAUGACAUGUCAUACGAGGAACUCUUAGCUCUCGAAGAGAGAAUGGGUACAGUUAGUACAGCACUGUCAGAGGAAGCACUCUCUAAUAGUCUUAAAAAAAGUGUCUAUGAGUCUACACCUUCAGAUGAUGCAGCCGACUGUGUUGAUGAGGAUAACAAUGAAAUCAAAUGCUGCAUUUGCCAGGAGGAAUAUGUUGUUGGAGAUGAAAUCGGAAGACUGCAAUGCACGCAUAAAUAUCAUGUUGAUUGUAUACAAGAAUGGUUGAGGCUGAAGAAUUGGUGCCCUAUGUGCAAAGAGUCAGCUGCACUGUCCAACUCGUCCUCAUCGUCAUCUCAUUAGUUGCAUUUUUAUUUUUCCUUUUGUACAAAAUUGUUCAUUUGCUUUUCUCAGCACAAAGUACAGUUGCUUCC